AUGGAUUCAUUCGGCGGCAUCCAGUCCUUCUGGGACAUCUCGCAACAACCAGAUAGCUUCUCCUCACUCCCUGAUGAUGACUUCCUCGCUUUUCUCGAGAAACAGUUCCCCACAACCAUCUCGAACCCCGUGCAGCAUUUUGACCCGACGGCGCCCAUACCUGUCUCUGUGCCUGAGGUUAUCGACCCCCAGAAUCUCACCCGCUUCCCGUCCAACUCCACUCCGACCUCGAGCGAUAGCAGCCCCAGCCCGCCGAGCCUCCCGAAUGAUAGCAGCCCGUCGCGCCGGCAAUCAGGGGUAUACACCCAUUCGACGUCCCCGACCGGCGAGCUCGACGAUGCCGGCCUGAAGCGCAAGGCGAGCAACGACAGCAUGGUUGACGAGCCCACACAUAAGAGCCAGCACACUAACAAUCUGUCUACUUCCAGCAACACCAGCAAAAAGGGCAUCUCUAGUUCCCGCCGCAAAUCGACGGGCAACCCAAAUCAGGAUGAGACCCGACUUCUCAAGCGUAAGGAGCAGAACCGUGCCGCACAGCGUGCGUUCCGCGAACGCAAAGAGAAGCAUGUUAAAGAUUUGGAAGACAAGGUCGCUGCACUGGAAGCCAAGAACCAGGUAACAGAGUCCGAGAACGAGAACCUGCGUGACCUGCUGUCACGGUUACAGAACGAGAAUAUGGCCUUGAAGCAGGCUGCGUUCACGUUCCAGGUGCCACGGGAUACUAGUGCCAGUAAUUCUCAGUCUUUCAGCAACGGUCCAACUUCAUUCAACUUCUCGACCCCCGGUGCGGGCCCGAGCAAGGUGGCGUCCCCUCCUCUACACCCUCCUCAGCCUCCGUUCAAUUUCGGGUCGUUAAUCUCAUUCGACCCGAACAUGUUGAACAUGAACGACGAGCCUACAACCACGGACGGCGCGAUGAACGUGGACUACGCCUUUGGGCAGCCCGUCCCGUACAAGACGAUUGCAGCGAACCCCAUGUACAUGUCGUUCGCAGAGCCUUCUCCGUACGACUCGCCUCAGCGGAUGAUCGGUAACGGUAACAGCAACGGCAACGGUGGCUCGAAUCAUUUCAGCAGUAUGUCUUCGUUCGACCACUGGACACCGCCAGACCCGAACGGCCUGGACCAGUUGUUUGGUGGGAACUAUAUCGGGACUAAUCAGAACGGCGUCGACUUUAAUGCGCUUCUGGCAAGUCCGCCAAGUUCGUUAUCUCCCGUUUCGCACGCUGCGCGUUCCACGUCGUCAUCGUCACCGUCGUCGUCCGACGGCUCGAUAAAGUCGACGUCCUUGUCGACGCCUGGGAACCCGACGUCACCGACAGCAGACCAUGACGGAAAUUGUCCGCGCACGAAAGAGGAUCUCCAGAAGUUCAUCUCGGACCAGGGCGACUCGCAGUUUGCCUGCGAGAUGCCUGUGGCGCCAUUCCUCCGUAAAGCGAAUAGCGAGGAGGGCAAUGGCCAGAUGAUUAUGUGCAAAGGCUCGAGUUUCCCGACUACGGAAGAGAGCGAGAAUAACGUCGAGGUGCUCGCUGCGUGGCGGAGUAUCACCUCGAAUCCCCAAUUUAAGGAUCUUGAUAUCAACCAACUAUGUAGCGAGUUUACGAAGAAGGCACGGUGCGACGGCACCAAGGUCGUGCUCGAGCCGCAGGGCGUACACUGCAUUAUCGAGGCCCUUGCUGCCAAGCGCCAGCAGCAGCAAAUGCAGCAAUAG